UUACUUGUUCUGCCCACUAUGACUCAUUUGCUCCUAUUGGAAACGACAGGCUAUGGUCUCUUGGUUAAGUUAGAAAAAAAUCUUUGACUCUUUUUUUCUUUAUCAACCACCGGCAUGCGCAGUUCGCAUGUUUAUUCACACUUCCUGGUCCGGAAUUUGGAAAACUGCACGGCAGGAGCGGGGUGAAAAGUACAGCAGUGCACAGUGGACCCAUAGGGCAGUGAUCCGCAAAGACACUUCGCGACCUACUCAACUACCGCAGGUGGAAAGAUGUUCUGGUGAUCUGGGUAUGGAAAGCUGGGCCUUUGUUGUCAGCUCUGGGUGACAUGAAAUGCCGCUGCGAUCGCUACCUGGUGCCGACUCUACGAACAUGGCCUCGCCACUGCCCCCCUGCACAGCUGUCAUAUACUCUGCCCUGGCAAUCGUCGCUCUUCUCCUGCUCUCGGCGACUGCUGUGAAUGCCUCCCAAGGCGACAAGGAGCCAGUUUACCAAGGCUGUGUCACGCAAUGUGUCCGGACCAACUGCACCGGAGCUCGGCUCAGAGGUUUUCAGUCUACACAGGCGCCUUACAUGGCGCUGACAGGCUGGACGUGUCGUGAUGACUGCCGGUACCAGUGCAUGUGGCAAACAGUGGGACUGUACCAGGCUGAAGGCUACAGCAUCCCACAGUUCCAUGGAAAGUGGCCAUUUACGCGGUUCCUGUGCUUCGAGGAGCCAGCAUCUGCUCUGGCCUCUCUGCUCAACGGCCUGGCCUGCCUUCUGAUGCUGCUGCGCUACCGCAGCUCUGUGCCACGCCAGAGCCCCAUGUAUUACACCAUCACCGCCUUCUCUCUGGUUUCUCUCAAUGCUUGGUUCUGGUCCACAGUGUUCCACACCCGGGACACCUAUCUCACUGAGAAAAUGGACUACUUCUGCGCAUCUGCUGUCAUCCUCUACUCCAUCUACUUAUGCUGUGUGAGGACGUUGGGGCUGAAGAGGCCGGGGGUGUCCAGCAUGGUAGGGGUUCUGCUCAUCCUGGCCUUCACCUCCCACGUGUCUUACCUGACCUUCGUCAGCUUCGACUAUGGUUACAACAUGGCUGCCAAYGCCACCAUAGGCAUAGUGAACCUGCUGUGGUGGCUGUGUUGGUGCUGGCAGAACCGGCGGACACUGCCCUACUGGUGGAAGUGUGGCGUGGUGGUGGUGCUGCUCCAUGGCCUGGCCCUGCUGGAGCUGCUCGACUUCCCGCCACUGUUCUGGGUCCUGGAUGCCCAUGCAGUCUGGCACCUCAGCACCGUGCCUGUGCAUUUCCUCUUUUACAGUUUCUUGAUAGAUGACAGUCUCCAUCUACUCAACACAGAGAAGACUGGUGUGAAACUGGAGUAGCAGGAGCUCAUCACCACUUAAUCCCACCUCUUUCCUCACUCACCAAUCAAGGCAGCCGGACACCARAAUGGGGUGGAGCUCAGUCGCCAUGGCUACCUGCACGGCACCUAUGAAUUCCAUCAAAGUAUAGACUUUUUUGUUGUUUACUUUUUCAUGUUUUUUGGGGGGUUGUUGAAAUUAUUUGAAAUAUUUAUUUUUCACAUGAGAUUUUUCUUGACUUGAUGUUUGCAUUCAGUAAGCUUUGCCUUGUAUAGAGUGAGAAAUAAGGCCCCUUUGU